GGAAAAGGAAAGGCGUUGAGAGACACAACGCAGCUCGCUCGCUGCCUUUCGCGGCUGAGCCCAUCCGCGGCGCGGCGGCUUAAUAAGAAGCCCCUCCCUUCCAGGAAAAGCCCGAGACGCGAGGGGAAGGAGAGAAGGCGAAGGGCCACAGGCGUGAACUAGUUUGUCCCGCUCGGCUGGCCGUGGUGGCGGAGGACUUCCAGCAUCCGAGGCUAUAAGAGCCGCUUCCGGUGCUGGCGCCCGGCUCUGUCGCUGCCGUGGCCGAAGGACCCACCAUGAGCGACCCAGGUGGAGGAGGAGGGGGCGCGCGUUGCCAUGGGGACGGCGAAAGGGUUGUGCCUGAAAAGAUCCAGUGUGUUUGCCAAAACACUGAGAGAGGAUCCCCGAUACGUACUGGCCCAAAAUGUGGCCACUUGUGCUGAUCCUCUGGAGGUGUGCCUCCAGCGGGAGGUGGUGCAGGACACGCUCCAGGUCUUCCAGCAUGCGAUCCCUGCCGAGGGCAAGCCGGUCACCAACCAGAAGAGCUCAGGGCGGUGCUGGAUCUUCUCCUGCCUGAACGUGAUCCGCCUUCCCUUCAUGAAAAAGUUCAACAUUGAGGAGUUUGAGUUCAGCCAGUCGUACCUCUUCUUCUGGGACAAGGUGGAGCGCUGCUACUAUUUCUUGCAUGCCUUUGUGGAGACGGCUCAGAAGAAGGAGCCCGUGGAGGGGAGGCUCCUGCAGUUCCUGCUGGCCAACCCCUGCAAUGAUGGCGGGCAGUGGGACAUGCUUGUCAACAUAAUUGAAAAAUACGGGCUUGUGCCCAAGAAGCUUUUCCCAGAGUCGCACACCACAGAGGCCUCCAGGCGGAUGAAUGACAUUCUGAACCAUAAGAUGCGCGAAUAUUGUGUCCGGUUGAGAAAUAUGGUGGAGACGGGAUGCAACAAGGAAGAGAUCGGCACAGCGCUGGACACCAUGAUCGAAGAGGUGUUCAGAAUAGUCACCAUCUGCCUAGGAAGCCCGCCGGAGACCUUCUCCUGGGAAUACUACGACAAGGAGAAGAACUACCACAAGAUCGGGCCUGUCUCCCCGCAGGAAUUCUACAAGGAACACGUCAAGCCCAUCUUUGACUUGGAAAGCAAGGUCUGCCUGGUCAACGACCCUCGGCCACAGAACCAGUACAGCCGGCUCUACACCGUGGAGUACCUGAGCAACAUGCUGGGGGGACGGAAGACGCUGUAUAACAACCAGCCCAUCGAGCUGCUGAAGAAGAUGGCGGCGUGUUCCAUCCGGGACGGAGAGGCAGUGUGGUUCGGCUGUGACGUUGGGAAGCACUUCAACAGCAAGCUAGGCAUCAAUGACAUGAACAUCUUUAAUCACAAGCUGGUAUUUGGAGUGUCGGUCAAGAAUAUGAACAAGGAGGAGCGGCUGAUCUUUGGGGACUCCAUGAUGACCCAUGCCAUGGUCCUUACUGCCUUCACGGAGAAGGGGGAUCAGGAAGGUUGCUUUGAAAAGUGGCGUGUGGAGAACUCCUGGGGAGAAGACCGCGGGAAUAAAGGUUACCUCCUCAUGACGGACGACUGGUUCUCGGAGUACGUCUACGAAGUGGUGGUGGACAAGAAGCACGUGCCGGAGGACGUCCUGGCAGUGAUGCAGCAAGACCCGAUCGUCCUGCCGGCCUGGGACCCCAUGGGCGCUCUGGCCAAGUGAACUGCCUGGGGGGAGUUGGAGGCCAUUUCCUUCCGGCCCGCCCUGCAGCCAGUGUGGCAGGGCCUCCGGAGGCCGGGAGCUGCAGCCAACGCAGCCCCAUGGCCGGGCUCACGGCUUGAGGGGUUGCCAGGAUUCCAAAAUGGUAUGCUGUGGAUCUUUCUUGGAAAUUGUGCUUCUCCAUUGAUGGGGCUGCUCUGAAGCCUUAGGUUGACGUGUGCUUUCCAGUGUCAUAGGAUUCUUCUUUUUAAAACCCUUUUUACAUUCUUUUACCAAUGCACUCGAUGUUUUUAAACCCCUUCCGAAGUGAUUCUUUUGAGCAAACUUUGUGUAGAAAAGGCAGGCAUGGGGUGGGUUGAACAACAGGAUUUUGUGCUUUAUUUCUGUCCCACAAAGACCACCCCAUUGAGCAGAAUUACUCUUUGGUGGUGGCUGUCAACUGCUUGAGGGGCUUCUCUGUGGAGUGAGGGGGAAUCUGAGGAUGUGGUCUGUUUCCUUUCCAUGAGCUUCCAUCUACCUGUCUUUGCCUACGAUGGUGCAAUCAGAAUGCUCUGCCUGGAAAUGUGGUACGCCAGAAUUUAAAGCCCGUGCAAUCUCUCCCCUCCCCCGGGGAUCUCGGCAGAACAAUGGCACAGCUUCUCAAGCUGAAUUCAGGACCGUAGGCUCCCAAGCGAAAUGGGCUUUUUUUUUUUUUUUUUUAAAGAGGAAACGACUGCAUUUUAUUUGAACGCCGCUCACAACUAGAUGGUGCUAUGAAGCGUUUAAAUAAAAACACCUUGCUGAAUGAA